AAUUAUAAAACUAGUCUUUUAAUAAGUCAAAUGGACAUAAUAUGUGAAAUUAAGUAUACAUACAUAUACAUACUUAGUACAUAUGUAUGAUCUUUUUAUCUCAUUAGAUUUCUCAAAUAUGAGCUGUAUAUGCUAAAAGCUCAUGUCGGAACAAACUUCUUGAACGAAUCAGGAGAUGUUUAUGACAUAGAAAGUGUUAGCAUCCACGAAGAUUACAUAAUGGGCGACAUUCGACUGUAUGAUAUCGCCUUGAUUCAUCUUAAAACUCCUAUCAAUUACAACGAGCUAGUGCAACCGAUAAAUCUUAUGACAAGCGAUGAGAAUCUCGAGGGCAAGUCGUGCACGUUAUCCGAAUGGGAUUUUACAAUGGUAAUAUCGAACUCAUGA